GGUCGGUGCCUGUGUAAUAUGAUUCCACCUUAUUCCUACAUUAUCAUUUUGCUCGUUUGAUGACUCUGCAGAAAUCAUGAAGUAUGUUUUCACAGGCAGCCCAAUUCAGAUAUUUUUUUCACUAAUUGUCCUUUUGACCAAUCAGAUCAGUUUAUUCCAAUUCGUUGAAUAAAAAUCAGAAUUGAGCUGCCUGUGUAAAUGCAGCCAAAGAGCACUAGGUUUGAAGCAAAUUGCCAUUUUGCAAUCAGGGCUGUGGAGUUGUCUGUAACCCACAUGAACACUAGGGGGCGCUGCUUUCACACUCUUCAGGCUCCAGACACAGAGCAGCAGAUGCCCAUCAUUAGCAGCAAUCCAGCCCCACUCAGAGCGCUCGGUCUCUUACUCCCCGAACUGAGAACAAAUGCGUUUAUACCAGAUUGAUAUACCAGAUUGAUGUACCCCACUAUAGCAAAAGGCGAUCGCGGAUUCAUAUGUUUGAAGAUACAUAGCAUAACUUGCGAGAAACUACCAAAUAAGGUAUUUAAAAAAAUUGAAAUUCGGUGGGAAAGUCGACACAACAGGCCUAUGGAUGAAAGUUGAAUGAAUUCAUAAAUUAAUGGCUGAAUUACUUCUGUUUUGUGUUUGGACGGGUUUUCCUUGAGAAUUACGGACUUUGACAAGAGGUCUCGACCUUAUUGUCACAUAUUUUGUUGCGGGUUGUUGUUGGUUCAUUCUAUCAGACGAUUAAUACUUAUUUCUAGACUCGGGAGUCGGAAUCCUGGCAUUUCCGUGCUGCUAUGGAAACGCAGUUCGGGCGCUCUUGGUUGAAACUGGGUGACGUCAGCUCAGUGACGGAGAAGCGGGCAUUGCGUGCUAGGAGAGAGUUCGUGCACCAUAUUCCAUCGAGGAGAGAGCUACAGUAGUAGUUCGGUGACUGCGGAGACAGCGAUUUUGGCAACAUGGAUGACGUUGUGGGGAUUAUUAUUACUAACGGAUUUUAAUUGGGAACUACCGGUAAAAUGGCAGAGCGGUUGGAGUGGGUGGAGAUCAUAGAGCCGCGCACGCGGGAACGCAUGUAUGCCAAUCUCCUCACCGGAGAGUGUGUGUGGGACCCCCCUCAAGGGGUACGUAUUAAGAGGACAGGGGACAACCAGUGGUGGGAGCUGUUUGACCCCAACACCUCCCGCUUCUACUACUACAAUGCUUCCACGCAACGCACCGUCUGGCACCGCCCUCAGGCCUGUGACAUCAUCCCCCUCGCCAAGCUACAGACGCUGAAGCAGCACACGGAUGUUCCCUGCCCGGGAGGGGGAGGGACAGGGGGAGAAAGAGGGGGGAGGACGUCAGCUGAUAACAGCCCGGGAAGGAGCAGUGCGGUCAGUAGAGAGGGGAGCACCUCAUCUUCACUGGACCAGGAACUGACCGCAUCAGAGAAACAGGGGAACAGAGAGGAGGCAGACAGAACCUCUCCGUUCAGAUGGAACACAGGUACCAAGGAGAGGAUGCUGAUCAAGGUGACAGACAGAGAACCCAGCUUCCUCUCUCACCAGGGGAACGGUUACUCACCCUGCGACCCCCCUACCCUCGCCCCCGCACCUGGCACCGGCACCGCCUCCCGUACCCGCCGUUCCUCUGGAGGCUCCGCCACCCCUGACACCGGCCCUGACGGCUCUCCAAUCCUCUACGUCGACCGCCGCCAGUCGCCCUUCCUGAAACGUGCGGAGCUAGGGGGCGGAGGUACCGGGACACACCGUCGCCCCUCGGCCGACUCACAGCCCCCCUCCCCCCGCUACGCCUACGAACCACCCCUCUACGAGGAGCCCCCCUCGGAGUACCAGCCCCCGCCCAUCUACGAGGAACCGCCCACAGACGUGAUGCACCACCUGGGCUCUGACUCCUCCUUGCUGUAUGGCACAGGGAAGUCCCCGGCCCGGGGAAAGCCCUCCUCGGCGACGCCCCUCUAUCACUCUCCCAAACAGAGCCACUCCCCCUACGGCCAGCUGGUGCUGACCAGACAGAAGUGUCCAGAGAAGACCCAGAGUCUGGAGUACAGCCCUGCUGGGAAGGAGUAUGUCAAACAGCUGGUCUACGUGGAACAGUCCUCCUCCAGCCCACGUUCUAAGACAGCCGACCGGCUCCUUCACUACGGGACCUCCACGGCCACCCCAUCCUCCAUGGGGGGGUAUGGGGGCUCCUACGGAGGAUCCUACACCCUCCAACACAGCCAGAGUCUGAUACGGGACCCCCGGCUGCUGCUGGACUACAGGAGCGAGGAGGGGGGCGAGGGCGGAGGCCAGAGGUUGCUCUACGAGGACUCUAUGUCCUGGAGCUCCAGUCAGCACCACUCCCUCUCCCUCUCUGGGUCUACAGGUGGAGGGGGCUUCUCGCCCGGGGGGAACCGCAAACGCAAGACCCGGAAACCCUCCCUGCCCCAGGAGCUGGGAAGGUGUGGAGGGGGUGGUGGUGUUGGGGCGGACUGGGAAGAGGGGCCGAUGUCAGGGACCCUGUCAGAGGCAGUGUUGAACCAGGCCAGGCUGGCAUGGGAGGCCCAGCAAGUGAUGAAACAGAGGAGCAGUUGGGAAUCAGCCCCGGGGGAAGGGGGCUCGGCCAGGGGCUCUAACCAGGGAGGAGGGUCUAAAGACGGGUACGAGAGUGAUGGGGCAGUGCCCCUGCCCCUGCCAGGCCCAGUGGUGAGGGCAUUUAGCGAGGAUGAGGCGUUGGCACAGAGCGACGGGCACCACGGGCAUUACCACUGGAAACGCAGCACCUUCGACAGACUGGGCUUCCCUCAGGCACUGCUGGAGAAGAGCCUGUCUGUACAGACCAACCUGGCCUCGCCUGAACCCUUCCUACACCCCUCACAGUCGGAGGAUCUUGGAGCGUGUGCUCAGUUCGAGGCGAGUCGGAAUGCUCGGAACAUGAUGCCCAGCGCCAGCUGUGGAGUGUUCCCAGAAUUCACCUUGAGGAAGCCAUCCUCCGAGACCGACAUUGAGAACUGGGCCUCCAAACACUUUAACAAACACACACAGGGUCUGUUCCGGCGCAAGGUGUCCAUAGCCAACAUGCUGGCGUGGAGCAGUGAGCCAAUCAAAAAGCCCAUGAUCGUGACGUCAGACCGUGCGGUGAAGAGAGAGGCGGUGGAGAUCUUUAAACUCAUCCAGACCUACAUGGGAGACCGCCGGGCCAAGACUGACCCGCUCACUGUCGCCCUGGAGGUGGCAGUGCGUGGUUGGAGCAGCCAGGGUCUUCGUGAUGAACUCUACAUUCAGCUGUGUCGUCAGACUACAGAGAACUUCCGCUACGAUAGUCUGGAGAGGGGCUGGGAGCUCAUGGCUGUGUGUCUGGCCUUCUUCCCGCCUACACCUCGCUUCCACUCCUACCUGGAGGGAUACAUCUACAGACACAUGGACCCCCUUAACGAUACUAAAGGAGUGGCGAUCAGCGGCUAUGCCAAAUACUGUUACCGUAAACUGCAGAAGGCUGCUCUGACCGGAGCGAAGAAGGGGUUGCAGAAGCCGUGUCUGGAGGAGAUCAAACACGCCAGGAACGCCAUCUUCAGCCCCUCCAUGUUUGGCUCUUCCCUGGAGGAAGUGAUGUCACUGCAGAAGGAGCGUUACCCCGACAGCCAGCUGCCCUGGGUCCAGACACGCCUCUCUGAGGAGGUCCUGGGUCUUAAUGGAGACCAAAUAGAGGGCAUCUUCAGGGUUCCAGGUGACAUAGAUGAGGUCAACGCUCUCAAACUGCAAGUGGACCAAUGGAAGAUCCCCACAGACCUGGAGGACCCACACAUCCCAGCCUCUCUGUUGAAGUUGUGGUACAGGGAGUUGGAGGAGCCGUUGAUUCCUCAUGAGUUCUAUGAGGAGUGUAUCACUCACUAUGAUGACCCUGAGGCUGCAGUCAACGUAGUGAUGGGUCUUCCUCACAUCAACAAACUGGUGCUCUGCUACCUCAUACGCUUUCUACAGGUGUUUGGCCAGCCUGCCAACGUGGUGAUCACUAAGAUGGAUGUGAACAACCUGGCCAUGGUGAUGGCCCCUAACUGCCUGCGUUGCCAGUCAGACGACCCACGCAUCAUCUUUGAGAACACACGCAAAGAGAUGUCCUUCAUCCGCGUGCUCAUCCAGCGCCUCGACACUAGCUUCAUGGACAGAUUGCUAUAGCCCCCCAAACCCUGCUCCAUCACCCGAGGCCAACGACACAGGACCCCUAUCGCCCUUCUAUAGCCCCCCCAAACCCUGCUCCUGUACCCCAGUCCAAUGAUACAGGACCCCUCACCUCCCUGCUAUAGCCCCCCAAACCCUACCUCUGCACCCCAGGCCAACGACACGGGACCCCAACCUCCCUGCUAUAGCCCCCCAAACCCUGCCUCUGCAACCCAGGCCAACGACAUAGGACCCCAACCUCCCUGCUAUAGCCCCCCCAAACCCAACUCCUGUACCCCAGGCCAACGAUACAGGACCCCCACCUCCCUGCUAUAGCCCCCCCAAACCCUGCUCCUCUACCCCAGGGCAAUGACACGGGACCACCUCCUUCCCCCUCCCUGUUAUAGCCCCCCAAACCCUGCUCCUGUACCCCAGACCAACAUCAUCGGACCCCAAUCCCCUUCCCUGCUAUAGCCCCCCACUUUUAACUUCUCAACCAGAAACAACCACACAGGACACCCCCCAACUUCGACUGUACCCUUAAACCUCCCAAGGCCCCACCGGCCCCCCAGACCUUGCUAUAGCCCCCCAACAAUAACUGUACCCCCGACCAACUAGUUGGGACAUCCCCCAACUCCAACUACUGCCCACUAAACCCAGCUAUAACCUCCCAACUUCAACUACUGCCCAUUAAACCCAGCUAUAACCUCCCAACUUCAACUACUGCCCACUAAACCCAGCUGUAACCUCCCAACUUCAACUACUGCCCGCUAAACCCAGCUAUAACCUCCCAACUUCAACUACUGCCCGCUAAACCCAGCUAUAACCUCCCAACUUCAACUACUGCCCGCUAAACCCAGCUAUAACCUCCCAACUUAAACUACUGCCCACUAAACCCAGCUAUAACCUCCCAACUUCAACUACUGCCCGCUAAACCCAGCUAUAACCUCCCAACUUCAACUACUGCCCGCUAAACCCAGAUAUAACCUCCCAACUUCAACUACUGCCCACUAAACCCAGCUAUAACCUCCCAACUUCAACUACUACCCACUAAACCCAGCUGUAACCUCCCAACUUCAACUACUGCCCCGCUAUAACCUCCCAACUUCAACUACUGCCCACUAAACCCAGCUAUAACCUCCCAACUUCAACUACUGCCCGCUAAACCCAGCUAUAACCUCCCAACUUCAACUACUGCCCGCUAAACCCAGCUAUAACCUCCAACUUCAACUACUGCCCACUAAACCUAGCUAUAACCUCCCAACUUCAACUACUGCCCGCUAAACCCAGCUAUAACCUCCCAACUUCAACUACUGCCCACUAAACCCAGCUAUAACCUCCCAACUUCAACUACUGCCCGCUAAACCCAGCUAGAACCUCCCAACUUCAACUACUGCCCGCUAAACCCAGCUAUAACCUCCCAACUUCAACUACUGCCCGCUAAACCCAGCUAUAACCUCCCAACUUCAACUACUGCCCACUAAACCCAGCUAUAACCUCCCAACUUCAACUACUGCCCGCUAAACCCAGCUAUAACCUCCCAACUUCAACUACUGCCCGCUAAACCCAGAUAUAACCUCCCAACUUCAACUACUGCCCACUAAACCCAGCUAUAACCUCCCAACUUCAACUACUACCCACUAAACCCAGCUAUAACCUCCCAACUUCAACUACUGCCCGCUAAACCCAGAUAUAACCUCCCAACGUCAACUACUGCCCAUUAAACCCAGCUAUAACCUCCCGACUUCAACUACUACCCAAUAAACCCAGCUAUAACCUCCCAACUUCAACUACGGCCCAUUAAACCCAGCUGUAACCUCCCAACUUCAACUACUGCCCACUAAACCCAGCUAUAACCUCCCAACUUCAAAUACUGCCCACUAAACCCAGCUAUAACCUCCCAACUUCAACUAUUACCCACUAAACCCAGCUAUAACUUCCCAACUUCAACUACUGCCCACUAAACCCAGCUAUAACCUCCCAACUUCAACUACUGCCCACUAAACCCAGCUGUAACCUCCCAACUUCAACUACUGCCCGCUAAACCCAGAUAUAACCUCCCAACGUCAACUACUGCCCACUAAACCCAGCAAUAACCUCCCAACUUCAACUACUGCCCGCUAAACCCAGCUAUAACCUCCCAACUUCAACUACUGCCCACUAAACCCAGCUAUAACCUCCCAACUUCAACUACUGCCCGCUAAACCCAGCUAUAACCUCCCAACUUCAACUACUGCCCACUAAACCCAGCUAUAACCUCCCAACUUCAACUAUUACCCACUAAACCCAGCUAUAACUUCCCAACUUCAACUACUGCCCGCUAAACCCAGCUGUAACCUCCCAACUUCAACUACUGCCCACUAAACCCAGCUGUAACCUCCCAACUUCAACUACUGCCCGCUAAACCCAGAUAUAACCUCCCAACGUCAACUACUGCCCACUAAACCCAGCUAUAACCUCCCAACGUCAACUACUGCCCAUUAAACCCAGCUAUAACCUCCCAACUUCAACUACUGCCCAUUAAACCCAGCUGUAACCACCCAACUUCGACUGUACCCUUAAACCUCCCAAGGCCCCACCGGCCCCCCAGACCCUGCUAUAGCCCCCCAACAAUAACUGUACCCCCGACCAACUAGUUGGAACAUCCCCCAACUCCAACUACUGCCCAUUAAACCCAGCUGUAACCUCCCAACUUCAACUACUGCCCAUUAAACCCAGCUGUAACCUCUCAACUUCAACUACUGCCCAUUAAACCCAGUUAUAAUCUCCCAACUUCAACUACUGCCCACUAAACCCAGCUAUAACCUCCCAACUUCAACUACUGCCCAUUAAACCCAGCUAGAACCUCCCAACUUCAACUACUGCCCGCUAAACCCAGCUAUAACCUCCCAACUUCAACUACUGCCAUUAAACCCAGCUGUAACCUCUCAACUUCAACUACUGCCCAUUAAACCCAGCUGUAACCUCCCAACUUCAACUACUGCCCGCUAAACCCAGCUAUAAUCUCCCAACUUCAACUACUGCCCACUAAACCCAGCUAUAACCUCCCAACUUCAACUACUGCCCAUUAAACCCAGCUGUAAUCUCCCAACUUCAACUACUGCCCGCUAAACCCAGCUAGAACCUCCCAACUUCAACUACUGCCCGCUAAACCCAGCUAUAACCUCCCAACUUCAACUACUGCCCGCUAAACCCAGCUAUAACCUCCCAACUUCAACUACUGCCCUCUAAACCCAGCUAUAACCUCCCAACUUCAACUACUGCCCGCUAAACCCAGCUAUAACCUCCCAACUUCAACUACUGCCCGCUAAACCCAGAUAUAACCUCCCAACUUCAACUAUUACCCACUAAACCCAGCUAUAACUUCCCAACUUCAACUACUGCCCACUAAACCCAGCUAUAACCUCCCAACUUCAACUACCGCCCACUAAACCCAGCUGUAACCUCCCAACUUCAACUACUGCCCGCUAAACCCAGAUAUAACCUCCCAACGUCAACUACUGCCCACUAAACCCAGCUAUAACCUCCCAACUUCAACUACUGACCGCUAAACCCAGCUAUAACCUCCCAACUUCAACUACUGCCCACUAAACCCAGCUAUAACCUCCCAACUUCAACUAUUACCCACUAAACCCAGCUAUAACUUCCCAACUUCAACUACUGCCCGCUAAACCCAGCUAUAACCUCCCAACUUCAACUACUGCCCACUAAACCCAGCUGUAACCUCCCAACUUCAACUACUGCCCGCUAAACCCAGAUAUAACCUCCCAACGUCAACUACUGCCCACUAAACCCAGCUAUAACCUCCCAACGUCAACUACUGCCCAUUAAACCCAGCUAUAACCUCCCAACUUCAACUACUGCCCAUUAAACCCAGCUGUAACCCCCCAACUUCGACUGUACCCUUAAACCUCCCAAGGCCCCACCGGCCCCCCAGACCCUGCUAUAGCCCCCCAACAAUAACUGUACCCCCGACCAACUAGUUGGGACAUCCCCCAACUCCAACUACUGCCCAUUAAACCCAGCUGUAACCUCCCAACUUCAACUACUGCCCAUUAAACCCAGCUGUAACCUCUCAACUUCAACUACUGCCCAUUAAACCCAGUUAUAAUCUCCCAACUUCAACUACUGCCCACUAAACCCAGCUAUAACCUCCCAACUUCAACUACUGCCCAUUAAACCCAGCUAGAACCUCCCAACUUCAACUACUGCCCGCUAAACCCAGCUAUAACCUCCCAACUUCAACUACUGCCCAUUAAACCCAGCUGUAACCUCUCAACUUCAACUACUGCCCAAUAAACCCAGCUGUAACCUCCCAACUUCAACUACUGCCCGCUAAACCCAGCUAUAAUCUCCCAACUUCAACUACUGCCCACUAAACCCAGCUAUAACCUCCCAACUUCAACUACUGCCCAUUAAACCCAGCUGUAAUCUCCCAACUUCAACUACUGCCCGCUAAACCCAGCUAGAACCUCCCAACUUCAACUACUGCCCGCUAAACCCAGCUAUAACCUUCCAACUUCAACUACUGCCCGCUAAACCCAGCUAUAACCUCCCAACUUCAACUACUGCCCACUAAACCCAGCUAUAACCUCCCAACUUCAACUACUGCCCGCUAAACCCAGCUAUAACCUCCCAACUUCAACUACUGCCCGCUAAACCCAGAUAUAACCUCCCAACUUCAACUACUGCCCGCUAAACCCAGCUAUAACCUCCCAACUUCAACUACUGCCCGCUAAACCCAGCUAUAACCUCCCAACUUCAACUACUGCCCGCUAAACCCAGCUAUAACCUCCCAACUUCAACUACUGCCCACUAAACCCAGCUAUAACCUCCCAACUUCAACUACUGCCCACUAAACCCAGCUAUAACCUCCCAACUUCAACUACUGCCCGCUAAACCCAGCUAGAACCUCCCAACUUCAACUACUGCCCGCUAAACCCAGCUAUAACCUCCCAACUUCAACUACUGCCCGCUAAACCCAGCUAUAACCUCCCAACUUCAACUACUGCCCACUAAACCCAGCUAUAACCUCCCAACUUCAACUACUGCCCGCUAAACCCAGCUAUAACCUCCCAACUUCAACUACUGCCCGCUAAACCCAGAUAUAACCUCCCAACUUCAACUACUGCCCACUAAACCCAGCUAUAACCUCCCAACUUCAACUACUACCCACUAAACCCAGCUGUAACCAUAACCUCCCAACUUCAACUACUGCCCACUAAACCCAGCUAUAACCUCCCAACUUCAACUACUGCCCGCUAAACCCAGAUAUAACCUCCCAACGUCAACUACUGCCCAUUAAACCCAGCUAUAACCUCCCAACUUCAACUACUACCCACUAAAACUAGCUGUAACCUCCCAACUUCAACUACUGCCCACUAAACCCAGCUGUAACCUCCCAACUUCAACUACUGCCCACUAAACCCAGAUAUAACCUCCCAACGUCAACUACUGCCCACUAAACCCAGCUAUAACCUCCCGACUUCAACUACUACCCCAUAAACCCAGCUGUAACCUCCCAACUUCAACUACGGCCCAUUAAACCCAGCUGUAACCUCCCAACUUCAACUAUUACCCACUAAACCCAGCUAUAACUUCCCAACUUCAACUACUGCCCGCUAAACCCAGA